AUGAAGCUGACCAAAGCCCAGUACGAUGAAAUUGCCCAGUUCCUGGGCCACGUGCAACCCACCCGGCAGAGCCUGAGGAAACUGAAGGAGAAGUUCCCUAGUCAAUCGCAGUCCACUCUGCUGAGCAUCUUCUCCCAGGAGUACCAGAAACAAAUCAAAAGAACCCAUGCCAAGCAUCACACUGCUGAAGCUAUGGAAACUUACUACCAAAGGUACCUGAAUGGGGUGAUGAAAAAUGCAGCUGCCCCGGUAUUACUGGAGCUGGCCAAUGAGGUGGACUUUGCCCCAUCAUUGAUGGCUCGCAUUGUGUUAGAAAGGUUCCUACAAGAAAAAGACCAAGCCAUCCCCUCCAAAACCCUUAUAAAUAGUAUGCUACGGGACCCUUCUCAGAUUCCAGAUGGAGUUCUAGCAAAUCAAGUCUAUCAGUGCACUGUGAAUGACUGCUGUUAUGGACCACUGGUGGACUGCAUCAAACACGCCAUUGGACACGAGCAUGAAGUCUUGCUGCGAGAAAUGCUCUUGGAAAGAAAUCUCUCUUUCAUAGCUGAAGAUCAGCUUCGUGCAAAGGGUUAUGACAAAACACCAGACUUCAUUUUAGAAGUCCCAGUAGCUGUUGAAGGACACAUCAUUCACUGGAUUGAAAGCAAAGCCUCAUUUGGUGAUGAAAGCAGCCACCAAGCCUACUUGCAGGACCAGUUUUGGAGCUACUGGAACAGGUUUGGCCCUGGCUUGGUCAUCUACUGGUAUGGCUUUAUUGAAGAGCUGGACUGCCAUCGGGAGCGUGGCAUCCUGCUCAAAGACUGCUUCCCGGCUGACAUCGUGACUCUGCGCCACAGCAUGGCUCAGCGCUGA